AUGCAUGUAGCAGGGAGGUUGGCUGCAGAAACUCUAGAUUUUAUUACUGAUUAUGUAAAGCCAGGAGUAAGUACAAAUGAUCUAGAUAAUCUUUGUCAUAAUUUCAUUGUUAAUAAUAAUGCUAUUCCUGCCCCCUUAAAUUAUCGUGGGUUUCCAAAAUCGAUUUGUACUUCUAUAAAUCAUGUAGUGUGUCAUGGUAUUCCAAGUGAUAAAUUAUUAAAAGAUGGUGACAUAAUAAAUAUUGAUGUGACUGUAAUUGUUAAUGGAUGGUAUGGUGAUACUAGUAGGAUGUAUUAUGUUGGUAAUGUUGGAAUAAAACAAAAACGUUUAAUACAAGUUACUUACGAUGCUAUGAUGAAAGCUAUUGAAAUAGUUAAACCAGGUGUUCGUCUUGGUGAUAUAGGGUAUGUUAUACAAAAUUAUGUAGAAAAACAUGAUUAUUCAGUAGUGCGAGAUUAUACUGGACAUGGUAUAGGCAAGAUAUUUCAUACAGAACCUACAAUAUUGCAUUAUGGUAAAGCGAAUAGUGGUGAAAUUUUACAGGAAGGUAUGUUUUUUACUAUUGAACCUAUGGUGAAUGUUGGCCACUAUUCAACUAUUUUGAGUAAAUUGGAUGGGUGGACGGUAACCACACGUGAUAAAUCAUUAUCUGCGCAAUUUGAACAUACAUUAGGUGUUACUAAAGAUGUUCUACCUCGUUAUGUAGGUCAUAGGCAACGUUUAAAGAAACGUAUUAUAACUACACCUCCUGAGCAUAUUGCUGAUUAUGAGUUAUUAGAACUUAUAUUAUUUUCUGCAAUAACAAGAAAAGAUGUCAAGCCAUUAGCGAAACAAUUGUUAGAACAAGUAGCGUUGUUGGAUUAUCUAAAGAUAAAUAUGAGCAACAUGAAAUUAGAACAAUUUCGAGUAUUAUUUUUAAAUAAACGAAACGUUUUAAUAGGGGAUGAAAUUCUUAGUCAAGGUACUGUCGAUCAGGCAUACAUAAUCAUCCGAGUGGAAGUAGCAAUCCUUCAAAAGCUGAUAUUGAUAUAA